AUGGAGGAUGUCACUGUUGACACUGGAAGACCUCUGAAUGCUCGAAAUCUAAAGAGUAUGGGGAUAAUUGAGCAAGUCAGAGUUAAACCAACUCUAGACACUUCUUGGGAAACACUCAAGGAUCAGAGGAAGAUUCCCAAUGGUCUCUAUAUAUUCUCCAAGAUUGACCCUCCGGAAGUGGUAGCUUACUAUCUACAAGAUCUUGCAAACCAAGGGGUGGAAAUUUCUGAGUUCUCAGUGGACUGGCUACCUGAGCAUCCACCAAACUUCAUGAAGAGGAUGCGAGAUCCCUCUGAGAAGUCCAAGAAAGCGAAGAAGGCAAAGUUGGGAGAAACUUUUGGGUCAAGACCUCCAGUCCCUCUGGCUGACUCUCCAAAAAUACUGAACGAAACUACCUCACCAUCAUCAUCCUCACCUUCAUCCCCACCAUACUAUAUUCUCUCAUCUGACAACGAACCUUCUGACCCCCAAUCCCCUACUCCAACUCAGCUUCAAGCUCAUGCUCUGGCCUCUCAACAGCCAUCACAAACUGAACCUAAACCUGAAGUCACUUCCCCACCCCCUAAACAACAAAAUCCACCUCCAUAUGAUCAACCUCAAACACCACCACCUGCACAACCUAAUCCACCUCCUGAACAACCAAUACCCUCACCAUCUGAACCUCGACCAAAUCCUUAA